AUGGCAUGUCCUCCAGUUAACAAGCUCCACUGUAACUUGAACAACGGUCAAUUCAUUGCCAGAAACCUGAAUGCAUCCCCAGUACACCACUGUUGCGAUUUCUGCUUAUACCGUGGAGAAGUUGGAGCAUACUGUAACGGAACCUCUACCAUUGAGCCAGAGUCAAGAGGAUAUGUUGCAAGUUGCCAAGAACAAUAUGCUGUCUGCAUCAUUAACAACAACAUCUGCAGUCCAUACUUGAUUUAA